GUGGUCAUGCUGUCCCUAUUCAUGCGGGCGCCGCUCCUCAGCCUGAUGGAAGCGGCAUUGGGAUCCUGCUGUCAAUAUCACGGGUGUAUAAAGGACUGAGGAUCUCGAGCCUUCCGAACGAACAUGAUUCAGCAUGCCCUCGGUGUGAGGCUGCGUCAUAGUCAUGGGUGGCACAAUGUCUAUCGAUCUGGAGAAGGGCAAAAUCGAAGAUAAGCCAGAGACGACCGUUUCAGAAGAGAUUGUCCAACCUUCACCGUCAGACAGGCAUUUGCGGCACCUAAAGGAUGGCCCCAAAUCGCCCGCGACCGACGCGAGCUCUUCGACGACACUCGUAGCAGGGUCGAAGGGCUUUGCGGCUUUCUUCGCAACCUUGCGCGAGGUCAUAGUCUCAAGAAACUCCCGACAGAAGUCGGUUGCAGCAGCGAAAGAGACGAAGAAAUAUAAUGUACGACAGCUUCACAAGAUGCCAAAUGGUUAUCCCAGAGUCGCAGCUUUCCUUGACUCAGACGAGAACUUCAUGCUCUACAGGCGGUUCGGGUAUUUGCAAUCGCGACUUCUGCUAGAAAAACAAGAUGAGCUGGGCAAAUUGGAGUGCGACCUCGACUUUAUGGAUCGACUGGAGUUCGAUGAAGACGUUCGUAAAGAGGUGCUGAGGACGCGUGAGUUUCAAGGGCAAGAGAGGAAGGAUCUCUUGCAAAAGGUGGAGAAGACCUGGAUCCAAUACUCAAACCUUGUUGUUGCGGCCAGGGACAUGACCGCGCUCAACAAACCUACCUCCAGCGAGUACGAUAGCUUGUGGUGGUGGAUGCGCGACAACAAACCACUCUAUGCUGGAGAUGCGAUGUUCGUUCGCGAGAGAGAGGAUUUGAUCACCUUACGCCCGGGGAGGGAGUAUGCAUCGCUCGAUGCAAUGGUCGAGAAGAUGCUUAGAUGGCUUCCAUGGCCGGCGAUAGGGAAUCUAUUUCGUUCAAAGGAAACCCGCAUGAAAACUGAAGGCGCAGGUGAUGAGCCAGGCAACGGCACCGAAGGCGUGGUAUACUAUACCCGCCGUCGAAUCGAAGGCGUGGUCAAUACCAUCAUGAUCUGCAUGGUUCUUGCCAUACUUAUCAUCCCUGUGUACAUUUUGUUUCACCUCAGCGAACGUCCUCAGACCACGCAGAAUACCGCGAAAUGUAUUGGUGUUUUGUUGGUUUCGACACUCGCGUUCGCCGCGGGUGUGAGUCUCUUCUCACGGGCAAAGAGGCAUGAAGUCCUCGCUGCAUCAGCUGGAUACUGCGCACUCCUCGUCGUGUUCAUUGGUAAUGUGGGAGGUGGACAUGGCUACGGCUCGUCGUUUGCAAACUCGGGUUGACUCCCAAGUCUGGCGGCUCACGUAGGGUGCCGUGAUAGAACAAUCUGGUUCGGAAGGCACUAUAGGGUAAUCGAUCUCAUAGUAAUAAUAGUGAUGGCUCAUAAGCCCUCUGCACCUGGCGAGUUGAACGCUGUGAGAU